AUGAGCGGGCUUCCACUUCGGAUGAUGAGUGCGCACUACGGCUUGCUUGAGAACUUUCCAGCUUUUGCAGUGGCUGCAGCGUUGACGCAAGUCCUUGCACCCAACAAUCGCGAAGUUCUUAAUUUGCUCGGCUUUCAUGUCUUCAUGAAGCUAUUUGUCUUUUACCCUGCUUAUCUCUUCAAUGUGGUUCCUGCGAGGACCUUUGCACACAUAUCAUCGAUUGCUGCCGUCAUCAACGUCUGCUGGCGGUUGACAAAAGGUGCUGUGUAG